GGCUGGCUCUGCAUUUGGAAGGUUGAUCUUGUGGAAAAAAAAUCCCUGACAUUUGAGGAGCUCCCGGGAUUUAGCAAGCAUGCCCAGUGGUCGCAGCCUACUCUGAGGAAACGGGUGUACAUUCGAGUCAUACCAAGCUGCGUGUCAGUGCAGUGGACUUUACAGCUGGCUGUAAGGUUAGGAAGAACUGGUGCUACCCUUUUUGUCUGAACAAAUACUUUUAUACAAUCUUUACAAGUAUUAUAAAAACUCCUUUUAGAAUUUUGUCCGUAACUAUUUUAAAGCGUUUAACCUUGAUUCGAUGAGAUCAUUUUGCGCGAAGAAAACUUGAGCUGAAGGCUGGGCUUUUAGCUGCUCUGUGUCGAUCGACUAGUCCACGUACAUUUAGACUGACUGCCGUCGCAUCGUUUUUCCUCUCGACUCGGUUGGAAGCAAAAAAGCUGGUCUUUUUGCUAAACCGUUAAAUGCUUGUUACGAAAAUGGAUCUGCUGAACUAUCAGUACCUGGACAAGAUGAACAACAACAUCGGCAUACUCUGCUACCAAGGCGAGGCAGCGCUGCGAGGUGACCCCAGGAUGCACCAGUCCAUGUCCCUGUCAUCACCUGGCAUCACCAACCACAGCCACCGGACGGGCCCUCCUCCCAUCAGCCCCGUUAAGAGGAAGCUCAGCCUCAGCCACAGUACAGGACAGGACCAACAGGGCAAUGAUGACCAAGACUGUGACAACCAACAUGCCAAGAUGAGCCGGCUGUUUGCUGCACAGCUAGGCAAGCCUUCCAACGGAGACUAUCGCACCUCCAAGGACCCAAGGGACCGCAGCCCCAUAGAGAGAGCCGCCGCCCCCUCCAUGGGUCUCCAUGGCAACCACCACCUGUACGCCCCCCACCACCACAUUCCCAGUCUGGCCAUGGACCAGCCCCUCGCCCUGACUAAAAACAACAUGGACGCCGCCCGCACCCUCCCCAUCUCGCCAACCGCCGUCAGUCCUGUGGAACGCCAGCAGAAUCGUCCGUCAGUGAUAACGUGCGCUCCAGCCAACAACCGUAACUGUAACCUGUCUCAAUGCCCUGUGUCUCACAACGGCUGUUCCAGCAACCUCCCUAGCAACUACAGCAGGAGACCAGCCAGCAACUCCAACACGGUGUGUGUGGACCCGGUGAUCGAGGAGCAUUUCCGUCGCAGCCUGGGGAGGAACUACAAGCAGCCGGAACCCGUCACUAACUCUGUGUCCAUCACCGGCUCUGUGGACGACCACUUCACCAAGGCCUUAGGAGAGACCUGGCUGCAGAUCAAAGCCAAAGGAAGCUCCUCCUCUUCCCCUGACUCCUCUCCCAACAGUCACAUGGUCAACCACAACCACUCCCCCUCGGUUGUGUCCUGAAGGGAGGAGCUACAGUAGGCCAAUCAGAGCCAGCUAUACCCAACACAGGGCUGGUUGAACCACCCUCCUGGGGAGCUAUUGGGUAGGCAGGCAGGGUGGUUUUGUUUUGCUCCAGCCCUGCACUAAGACCAUCUAACACACCUGGAGCAAGCUAAUGGAGGUCCUGAGGAGCAGCUGAUUUAGCAGGAUCAGGGUCGUAUUCACCAGGUACCAAACUGGUUUUAGUUUUCUGUUGUUAUUUAGCUCUAAUGCGUACAAUCCAGGUGUGCUUUAUAACAGGGCUGGAGCAAAACACUGCAUCUCCAGUAGCUCUCUAGCCAGGAAGAGGGUUGGCCUUGGUCCCUGGUGUAAGUCUACCCUGAAUGAUUUGGCCCCUCUGAGAGCUGUGCUAGUAGCUAGCUACAAAGCCAUGUACAUAACCAUGGAGGGAGUUUCCUUUUCUCAUUUAUUUGAAUUGUAUUCUUUUUUUGAAGUAGGUUUGCGUUAUUGGAUGCCCGAAAAGCUGAAAGUGAGGAAGUGUUUGUUUCUAUCCUAUGGAUUCUGUAUGGAGAAGCAUCCCAACCAACCACAUGCCUUCGUUACCAAAGAGAACUCUGGUGCAAAUCUGUCUUUUUUAAAAUAAUGAAAAGGCCAUUAUUUUACUUCCCCUUUCCAUCUCUCUAGCACCCCACUGUAGAGUACCAUCUCUCCUCCUCCCAUCUCUCCUCCUCUACCCUCCUCUACCCUCCUCCCAUCUCUCCUCCUCUACCCU